GAGCGAAGAAGAAAAGAGGAAAGGUAGACUCUAAUAACACUACCCUUGGCCAGCAGCUCUUUUUCUCAGGGGAGGUGACAGAGGCGAUCAGACUAGGAAAGAGCACAGCGUCUCCGCAGCACAGCACACCUAGCCUUGGGCCGGGACUGGAGGGAGGCCCCUGGAGCCGAGAGAGAGGUGAAGCUCCCAGAGGACGAGAGGAGGACGAGCAAAGCCAUGACACUUUCAUGGAAAUGCCAGAGUGCUCAGAGGGUCUUCAAGCUGUGGGUGUGGACAGUGCUCUGUUGUGAUUUCUCUGCAUAUCAUGGAACCCACGGCUGGACUUACCAUUACUCUGACAAACCCAUGAACUGGCCAAACGCUAGAAGUUUCUGCCAACAAAACUACACGGAUUUAGUUGCCAUACAAAACAAGGGGGAAAUUGAGUACCUGAACAAGACACUUCCCUUCAGUCGUUCUUACUACUGGAUAGGAAUCCGGAAGGUAGGAGGGGUGUGGACUUGGGUGGGAACCAACAAGUCUCUCACUGAAGAAGCGGAGAACUGGGGAGACGGGGAGCCCAACAACAAGAAGACGAAAGAGGACUGCGUGGAGAUCUACAUCAAGAGGGCCAAAGACGCAGGAAAAUGGAAUGACGACGCUUGCCACAAACGGAAGGCAGCCCUGUGUUACACAGCUUCUUGCCAGCCUUCAUUGUGCAGUGGCCAUGGAGAAUGCGUGGAAACCAUCAACAAUUACACCUGCAGCUGUGACGUGGGGUACUACGGGCCCCAGUGCCAGUUCGUGUUUCAGUGCGAGUCUUUGCAGGCCCCCAAGCUGGGCACCAUGGACUGUAUUCACCCUUUGGGAGACUUCAGCUACAGCUCACAGUGUACCUUCAAUUGCUCUGAGGGAACAGAAAUGGCUGGGUCUGAAGAAACCACCUGUGGACCAUCUGGAACGUGGUCAUCUCCAGAACCAACCUGUCAAGUGGUUUCAUGUAAGCCACUAACAGCACCCGAUUUGGGGACCAUGGACUGUAGUCACCCGCUGGCCGAAUUCAGCUUUACCUCCACGUGCACCUUCAACUGCUCAGAAGGCACUGAGUUGAUCGGGGAGCAGGAAACGACCUGUGGAUCCUAUGGAACCUGGACGAGCCCUGGUCCAAUAUGUCAAAAACUGGACAGGAGUUUCUCGAUGAUCAAGGAAGGCAACUAUAACCCCCUCUUCAUCCCAGUGGCAGUCAUGGUCACCGCGUUCUCGGGGCUGGCAUUUAUCAUUUGGUUGGCAAGGCGAUUAAAAAAAGGCAAAAAGUCUCAGAAAAGCACGGAUGACCCGUACUAAACCACCCUCCAUGAAAGAAAAUUUUCGGGGUCCUACAGCAUCCCUGGAUCCUCCUGACCCCCAUGAGACAUUCCGGACACUGGGGUGUCUCCUCCACUGAGAUGACGUGCGUCUCUUUCGGGACAUCUGAGAAGAUUUCUCCACGACCGGCAGCUCCCCCUGGCCCCUUGUGCCCCUCGCCCACCCCCACCCUCCGCCCGCAGUUGUGUUUUUGUAGCUCAGGGGUUCAUUCUCUUUCCUGUGCAGAAACGAGACCACAGGGGGAAAGGAAUACUGUGGCACGUACAGGUGUCCGAUUCGCUCUCUUUCUUGACUCCUGUUUGCAGUUUCAAUUCAAGGCUGCACCUGGCGACAUGUACUUCUAAAUACAGCGAAGGUUUGCUACAUAGGCAACCACAGGUUCAGCUGGGUUGUUGCACAUCACAUUUUAACUCCUGGCCCUCCAGUAGACUGCGGGGGGGAGCGGGGAACAAAGUCAUAGGAAGUUCAUAAAAUGGAUGUUAUCCUUGCUUUCCAACUCCAGCAAAAUAACGAAGUUCAGCUCCAAAGCAGAAAAGUCCUAUUUGCACUGUAGCCCCACCUCCUGUAAAUGGGGGCCGUCCUAUCAGACGCCUCCGGCCUCCCCCCUCCUUCAGCCCGCUCCCUUUGUCAGCUGGCUAAUUCCGACACACAGCAUCUCAUGAGCACCAAACAGGAGGAGAGAGGAGAAAGAUAGCUGGCAUUGCUUUUUUUUUGGGGGGGGGGAGAGGAUUUGGGGUUUGUUGUCUCUUUUUAUUAGGCCCACCCAGAUUUUUUGAAUUCCAUGUUUCUUUUAAAACCACUAUAUUGUUAAUAAAGAAACAUUAUCACCAGGACGCCAGCUGCAGGCAGCGCCUCUUUGAUGUCAUACAGAAGAGUUAAAUCAAGGGGAAAGCGAUUCCUUGCCCGGCUGGAGUGCUCCCCUUCCCGCCCCCAAUUCUCUCAUCCUUCUAUCUGGAUUCCAUCUAUCUUUAAGAUUCACCUCAGGCCUUCCCCACCCUCACUGCUUCUUUCAUUACUCACCCUUAACUCGUCCAACUCAUGGUAAUCUCCCCUGCCUGGCUUCCUACUGCAAGGUUGUUUUUUUGUUUUUAAUAUUACCUAGUUUGUCAUUUUAAAAAUUAUCAUAUGUAAAUUUCCUCACCAAAGAAGCUCUGCCUUCCCUGAGGGCAGAGAUUGUGCCACCUCCCUGCAGUGCCUAUUGCAUUACUCGACAGUCAAUAAAUGUGUAUUCAGAUA